AAAACAGUGGCUAAAAGCGAUAGCCAAUCCAUAAUUCUACACGCCUUCAAAUUCCACGUUUUUCCCUUUCUUUUCCCCUCAAAACUUUACAAUUCCCGCAACUCGCUUUCCACGGAAUUUUCAACUCCAUGGAAGCUCAAACCGCCCCGAAACUUCAAAACCCUCCGAAACCCCGCAACCCCAUCACAGAGCUAUGGUGGUUCUUCGCCAUCUCCGCCUGCGUAAAGCUGCUUCUGAUCCCAGCCUACAAAAGCACAGACUUUGAGGUCCACCGCCACUGGCUAGGCAUAACCCACUCUCUCCCUCUCUCCCAAUGGUACUCCGACGAGACGAGCAUUUGGACCCUCGACUACCCGCCAUUCUUCGCCUACUUCGAGCGAUUCCUUUCCGUUUUCGCCAAUCUCAUCGACCCACAAAUCGUUCACCUCCAAAAGGGCUUGAACUACAGCUCAAACACAGUGCUUUACUUCCAAAGAAUCUCUGUAAUCUUAUCGGAUUUGUGCCUUUUGUAUGGGGUUUUUCGAUUGACUAGGAAUUCGGAUUCGAUGAAGCAAAAGAUGAUCUGGGUAUUGGUGAUUUGGUCGCCAAUGCUUGUGAUUGUGGACCAUUUGCAUUUCCAGUACAAUGGGUUUUUGCUUGGGAUUUUAUUGAUUUCGCUUUCGUGUUUGGAGGAAGGGAGGGACUUGAUGGGUGGGCUUAUUUUUGCUGUGCUAUUGUGCUUCAAGCAUUUGUUUGCAGUCGCGGCGCCUGUUUAUUUUGUUUACUUGUUGAGGCAUUAUUGCUGGAAAGGAUUGGUGAGGGGUUUCUGGCGGCUUUCGGUUUUGGGGACUGUUGUUGUGGCUGUUUUUGCAUUGGCAUAUGCCCCAUUUGUGUAUCAUGGGCAGAUGCAACAAGUUAUCCACCGCAUGUUUCCUUUUGGAAGGGGACUUUGCCAUGCCUAUUGGGCACCGAAUUUUUGGGUGUUCUAUAUCAUACUGGAUAAAGUGCUUGCUUUCUUGCUUGGAAGACUUGGAUUCAACAUUCAAGCACCAGCAGCUUCAUUCACUGGUGGGCUAGUUGGGGAUUCAUCCCCUUUUGCUGUACUACCUCAGGUCACUCCUGCGACAACCUUUAUCCUGGUUCUGAUUUCCUUAACCCCUUGUCUCAUUAAAGCUUGGACACAUCCACGACCAUCGUUGAUUACCAGAUGGGUAGCCUAUGCAUAUACUUGUGGGUUUAUGUUUGGGUGGCACGUUCAUGAGAAGGCAUCACUCCACUUUGUCAUCCCUCUUGCCAUUGUUGCAGUGCAGAGUUUGGAUAAUGCAAGGCAUUACUUCUUGAUAUCAAUUGUGUCCUGCUACUCACUGUUCCCACUUCUAUAUGAAGCCCAGGAGUAUCCAGUAAAGGUCCUAUUGCUGUUACUACACUCCACGCUUAUGUGGUUAGGUUUCUCUGCACAAUUCGCUAACGGGAUUGCCCUUGAAACGGCAAACUCUGGAAAGAAAAAAGAUGAUGAUUUUCAAUCGAAGAGACGUUCUGUUGGAGCUGCCCAGAAAGGAGGGUUUGUUAUUGGGUGGGUUCACUGGAGUUAUUUGGUUAGUAUGUUGCUGGUUGAGAUUUGGGGUCAGUUUUUGCAUCCCAUCAUUUUUGGUGAUAAGCUUCCUUUUAUACCCCUCAUGCUUAUCUCAACAUACUGUGGAAUAGGGGUCAUGUACUCUUUCAUUUGGCAAUUAAAAUGGAUCCUUGAUUCGUGAUUGUUCAGGUUUUGACGUUAUCUUAAUUAAUAUAGUAUUAUGAAGUGAA